AUGGCGCAGCCCGAAGCGGAUGCUUCUGCGAGGCCUUCUGGACAAAGCCUCUCUGCGGACGUGGUAUCUUUCAAAAGUCUCAUAUACAGCAGGUACACCUUCAUAGGUAGGUGCCGUCUGAACGGCAGUUUGAACGAGGCGGACGAGUUCUGCUUGCUCCAGGGUGUGCAGUUGCUGAUAUGCAAAUCGCACUCUACUCUGCUGGAAGCUCUGGAUCGUGGCGUCGGUGCGCUGUCAGGCCUAGAGGGUCUCUGCAAUUCGUUCGCAUCGAGCCUCGAUGAGCUGUGUCGGCUGCAUUCGCCGGGCGACGCUGCGACGCACCGCAGCUUAUCUAGUCAUGCAUCCGUGGCCUCUGACGUCGACUGCACGGCGUGCUCCGACGAGCGCACUGCCGAUGUGGACGACAGCGUGCGGUGCGAGUCCACGCACUUCGACUGGGAGAAAUGCGCUUUGGAUGAGGCGUUCAGCAAGGUUGCGAAGCGGAAUGCGUACAACUUCAAGUCACUGGCCAGCCGCUUCGACAAGCGUUUCUACGACUGCUUCCUGCACAGCGAAGGCAGUGAAAGCGACAUUUUGCUGAAGGAUGGCGACGCCUUGCCCUUGCGCAUCGACGCCGAGGGGCUGCUGCGUCUGUGCAAGGAGACCCCCUCCAUCGGCACCGUAUGCAACAACAUCCGGCGGUACCGCGCGGAGUGCCGCUCCAAGCUGUCUCAGAUGCACAACGUCGAUACGCGCCUGGCUGGCACCAGUGCCGCUCCGUCGGGCGACCCCCAGCCUUCGGUCCGCCUGCCCGUGAGCUUCGAGCGGAUGAUCGUGAUGUUGAAGGCCAAGAUUUGCAGUCAAUCUGUUUUCGUCAACAUUCGGCUGUGGCAACUGGAGGGUAGGAGCAACGACUACAUUUGUGACCAGUUUUUGUCGCAUUUGAAGGAUUUGCGGGACGACGUGCUGCGCUGCCCGUGUGACUACAGCAAGUGGGUACGGAUACUGAUCGCCAGCGAGCCUGUCGCGGAGAUGGGCGCGCUCGAAUCAACGAGUUACGACGCUGUGUACCAGCACCUGUGCGGCAUUUUGCAGUUUGCCUCCUCCAGCGGGUUCUCAGGGGUCUUCGAUUUGUGCAUCGACGUGAUGUUCUGCCUAUCCGUUCGCCACCCGAACGCGUGCCAGACCCUCGAGUGCUGUUUGAACUACCUGAAGACAGUGGUGAUUCCAACGCUACCGCAUCCGUGUGGCGACCCCACCACCCCCAGGCCUGACAAUUCCGCCGUGUGGCUGCCUCGUCUGUCGGCGUCUUUCGAGUCGCUGAUCGACCUCGAGUACCUGUCGCUGCACCAUCCGUUGCUGAUGAACAGCAGUGAGGGGGGCAGCGAUGACUCGUGCGAUCGCGUGUUUUCCACGUCCAUCACGAAGCUGGGCUGUUACGUCAUGCGCGUGGACGUGAGCAUCGAUGAGGUCUCUGACUCGGCGUCCAUCCACAAGCCGGCGUCAACUUCAAGCGUCUUCCGCAUCACCAUAAGGCAUUCGCAGAAGGAGCCGCUCCCCGACAGGAGCGUGACGUUCGUUUCGGACGGGCACCACAUGAUGGUCUUCGACAGCGGGUUCGCCCUGCUCGACCUUCACUCGCUGAAGAGCUACUCCGUCGAGUUUUUGUUCUCCAACGGCAACCUCCUGGUGUACCUGAACGGCACGCGGUUCUACAUGCUGGAUUUGUGCGAGGCCUGGCAGCUGGACUUGUCGACGGGCGGGGCCAUCGACGUCUCCAUCGCCGUCGACUCGAGCUGCGUCCACCUGGAGCAGCCGUGGUCGCUGACCCCCGGAUUACGCAGCGAGAUGAUGCGAAGGCAGCUGGUGGGCUGCUGCGGGUUCCCGUUGGCGUCGUCCGGCAGGGCGUGCCUGCUCAACUCGCUGUACGAGCGCCACUUUUUUAUGGCGAAGGUGACGUCGAGCCUCCACAACAUGCUGUCUCGGAUUUUCCACAGUUUCAGGGGCCAUUCGUCACCAGGGUUUACUUGGAGCGCCCAUUUCGUGCGUUACCUGCGUCUGUGGUUCGAGAUUCUGUUCUGCAACCUGGAGUGCAUAUCCAGCAUCUGCACGUACUUCACCGCGUCGGGGGGCGUCAAUGCGUUGACCCUGUGGCGGCUGAUUUCCGAGACCAUCUUGUCGUGCCUGUCUGUGCUGCGGCUGUCACUGUCGAUACCCACCGGCUCCGUGAAGCUACCGUCGGACAUGCUGGAGCUCGUGGCCUCGUGCUUCGUCGCGUGCGUGCGGUUCCGCGCAAUAACGUCGGGCUGCCACGACACCGACCAUUACCACCUGCAAUUCGACCUCGACAGCCUGGCUAGCGCUAUCAACGUGGCGGCCAUUUCCUUCGUCUCGGCGUGCCCCGACAUUUUUUCCCAGAUAUUUCUGACGCUGCGCCUGGAGGUGUUGGUCGAGAUUCUGGUGCAUACGGUGUCGGUGGAACAGUUCCCCGCCCACGGCGACGCGGGAGGCAACGUGAGCAUCGAGGCGCUGAAGUUCUUGAGUUCGGGCGACUGCAUUGCGAUAUUCACCAAGCGCGCCCUAUCGCAGAACAUGCCGGGGUUCCUCCGCGACGGCGCCAAGUUCGUGGGCGACGUGGACAACCACUGGUGGAAAACCAUCCUGAAGUUCCUGGAGUCUGGUAAGUGCCACCUCCAGGAGAGCCGUAUCAGCGUGGACCCCGUUGGCGCGGAAUACUGCACGUGCGAGGCUGUCAAGUACGGCGAUUCGGUGGCGAGCCCGUUUUUCACGUGCUGCUACGGCUGCGUGCGGCGGUACUGCACGCCAACCGAUGCCAACACGCGCACCCACGACUACCAACCGCUCACUGGCCCCGCCGCUCUCUACUCCUGCCCUCGCCCGCACAUGCUUCUCUGCCGCCUGCUGCUGAAGCACGGCAUUUUGUUCCUCUGCUUGAACACGUCCGUGUCGUACAAGGAAGCGGGCUGGGACUGCGUGGAUAGGCUGUCCAGCACGGUGGACAUGGACUACCGCAAGGCCUUCGAGCGUUUCUGCGACUGGCGCGGCGACAUUCUGUACGGUCGCCUUGACGGCCUGCUGAAGGUGGAUAACGCCAACACCUACUUCCGCCUGUUCAACAAAGAUGACGUGUCGGUCUUGGAGUACAUUGUGCUUCGUCUGCUGCGUUACAGCGAGUUCGCGUACGGCCUGCUCUCGGAGAAUCUGGUGGAGGUGUCCUCCGAUCUGCUCAGCGAGUUCGGUUCGAGUGCGCACAACUUCAUCAACACCCUGUCGAUCGUGGACGCGCUGUCCUACAUGGUGGAGCUGUUCGAGUACAUGACCGUGGUCGACGGCCACGCCUCCGUGGUCCACCGGACGUUCGUUGCCUGCGCCAACUUGCUGCCGUGCAUUUUCCGGGUGCUGAUAUUGAUGAAGAGGUGCAUCAAGCGUUACUCCACGUUUUUCGAGGCGUUCAGCCUGUUCAUGAACUACGUGGUGCUCCAGUUCCACUCGCUGGCGUACCUGCUCGGCAAGGUCAUCACGUACAUGUACAACCACUGCAAGCGGUACAGCAAGGAGCACCUGCUGUCAGUUGCGGAGCUGGGCGCGCUGAACAGCGAGGUGUCGCGCAUCAAGGGCAUCGAGGACCAGCGUGGCGUGGACUUGCCUCAGUGGGUGCUGUAUGGCGCCUGGCUCGAGUUCGAGGACCGAUCGGAUUUCUACACCGGCUUGAGGCGUCUGACGAUGCUGCUGCAAGACUUCCACUACCGUUCGAGCCAUGCGAGCUUCACGGAGGACUUCAACGUCGGGCGCCCGCCUGCUUCUGACGGCACGACGUGGGCCCUGGGGAUCCUGCGCGGUGAUGCCGCCUGCAUCGACCGUCUGCGCCCCUACUACCGCAGCUUGCACCCCUCUUUGGGCGUGUGCCAAUUGGGGUUCGUGGCCGUCUUCAUCCACCUGUUGGGCGGUGAGAGCGGCUCCGUCGAGUUCUGCACCAGGUCGGCGUCGCAGGCGGUGCUCCAGGUCCUGCGCCAGCUGCAAAACGUGCAGACGCUGUUCGCGACGAUGUCGGAUUUGGACCGUCUGCACGCGAUUCGCCAGGGCUACUUGGACGACAUCCACAGGCGCUGCCUCUGGGUCGUGGAGAACACCCGGGGGGGCCUGUACUACGUCAAGAACGAACCGAUGCCACGUGCCGGGCACGCAUCCACGCCGGGUGUCACGCUCGAGGACGACGACGCGCCCGUUGUGACGGACGGCGUGAAGCGUUGCUCAUCGAUUCCGCACCUCCUGCGAGCGUCGAAGCGCGACCCUCGCAACUUCGAACGCGGGUUCUCGGACAUCUUCCUGACCCGUCGUAGCGCCGGCCGGCAAUCGUCGGCUUGGCGGAGCCACAGCGUCGGUGCGGCGCGCUGCAGCAGCCCCGUGGCGAGCAACGACCCGGAGGUGUUACGCGUCGACAUUCGUCCUCACAUGGGCGACGUGAUCGGCUUCCUGCUCUACGGGCCCUCCGCCGCCGUCUGCCAGAGCGACCUGCAGGCCGAGCGCCUGUCCGCGAUGUGCCGCCACUCGAUGUGGCGGUGUGUGAACGCCCUGACAAGCCUCCUCGUUGACACCCGCCUGCGCGAUGACGGAAGCAACGCCGAGAAGGACCACGACUCGCCCUCCUACACCCGGCCGCUGCUGGUGCACAUGACCUCCCUGCCGUCUGAUGACAAGGUCCUGGUUUGCUCCGACGGCAUGCAUGCAGUCUUGAAGCUACUGUGGUACUGUAUCGUUAAAACCACCCGCUGCAUGGUCAUCCGCUCCGCCAGCGACAGCGUGGUGCCCUCGCCGGGCGCCUCAGCAGGGCUGCGCAGCUCCUUCGACGCGAUGCUGGAGCGGGCGCAGUCAACGGUCUUGGAGAAGUUAUGCUCGUGGUACCUGUCGUCGGGCGUGUGCAACUUGAACUACGCAAUUCGGUCCAGGGAGCACCUCCCCUCUUGGGUGCGCAUAUCGCUGCCGUUCUUCUCGCUGCUGUUUUCGCUGGGCCUGGACCCGCUGAACAACCCCCGGUACGCCACGCCGAUUUUCCAGCAAAUGCUGUCCGUGCUGCAGCCUCUGCGCCUGGGCCCGUCGGGUGCGGCCGGCCUGGACUCGUGUCCCACUAAGGGCGUGCGUUCGAUCGUGGUGCUGUUCGUCUCGUACGAAAUGCUGCGGCUGUGCAACGUGAGCGUCAACGCCGUGUUCCAGACCCUGUGGUCGUCGCGGUACUCGAAGCGCGAUUUCAUCAAGGUAAGCAGGGGCCUGCUGUACGUCUGGGUGAAAACAACCUCCGACGUGCAGCCCCCGAUAGAGAAGCCAGAGCUGACCCUGCGCCUGCUGUGGUCGCUGAAGACGUUGGACCCCUGCACGGUGGAAAGUGACUUGGAGCCGUUGAACGCCAUGAUCCGCGGCCUGACCUCUCGGGAGGUCGCCGAGACCCCUCAACCCGCCGUCCCGGGUGAGCUGAUCAUGUGGCACAUGUACCCCCGCGAGGACAGCGACAUUGUGGACGUUUCGUUCAUCGACAAGCAUGUGAGCACCGUGAGCUCCGACGUGGACGUCUGCGACAUCACCAUCCCCAUCUACAUCAACAUCACCUUGAGGCAUGAGAACGCAGCGCUGCGUGCCGUCGACCUGAGCGUGCUGCAGUACCUGGGCGGGAAGCUGGAGGUGGAGAGCGGCAGCGGGAUCUGGUCGCAGCUGAAUGGCGGCGAUCCUACUAACAGCGUCCACCCGAUGCGGGUGCACCUGCACUACCUGUUGCGCGUGCUGAUCUGGAUGGCAUUUUCGCCAGGCCCCCAUGGCUCCAAUACGGAUACUGGUAAUGUGGAGAUAUCGUAUUGCCUGUGCCGGCUGCUGCUGCGCUCCUUGCGCGAGGUCGCCGCCAUGCUGGUGAUUUUCAACGCGAACUGCGCGUGCGCCGUGAGGUCCAAGGAUCACAGCGACUACGUGUCGUUCCGUUACAUCCCCAGCAACAUCGACGGCGAGUCCGCUUCGAUAUCCGUCGAGGGCAUGAUCUCGAGCGCAUGCAACAAGUGCACCACCAACUUGGUCUGCCGGUGCGAGAUCGAGACGUUCUGGGUGUCCAUUCUGAACAUACUGACGAAGGAGAUCGACUCGACGUCCCACUACCGCAUGGUGAACUACCUGCUGAACUGCCUGCUGACGACCUUCACUCUGGGCGAUGAAGAGAUCGACGUGCUGCUGUCGUCCUCGAAUUUGGGCCCCGCCUUUUGCGAGUUGUUCGUGUCCUGCACCCGCAAAUUGGGGCAAGAGCACUUGUGCGACUCGGGUUACGUCAUAAGCACCGCCGACGCGGCGUUCGCGAACCUGGUGUCGCCCACGCUGCACGGGAUGUUCCUUUACCGCUGGCUGCCGCCGCUGCAACGCGCGCCGCAGGAGUGCCUGUACUCGUCGAGUUCGGAGCUGUUCCAGAGCGUGCUGGUCACGCAGGGGUACCGUCGCAGCAUACGCGUGGUGAGCGAUUCCAGCAGCGACCCGUUUUCCACCCUUCCGCACUCGGACAACUUCGUGACCCACCGCGCCUCCGCGGACUUCGAGGCGGACAUCAGCGGGCACACGCUGCACAUAACGCGCGCGCAGAACAUGGGCGGGAUAGUGCUGUUCCGCAUCCCCAUCAACAUGGGCUCGACCACCUCCAUGCAGGGCAGCGUGAACUUCUUCAUUCUGUCGCCCGGCCGUUUCGGCAUCACGGUUGCGCCAGCGGACUGCGUCUUCGGCUCCGUCAUCGACCUGUUCGACCGCAACGACGUGGUGGGCUUCAUGACGUCGCUGUGCCCGCCGUUUGUGCAUGACGUGUUCGCGGCAACCAUCAACUAUAGGGUGGGCGACGUGUUGUCGGCGUCGUUCAACGUGGAGAGGCAGGAGGACGGCCAGGUGUGCCUCCGGACGGAGCUGCUGAUCGCCGGGAACAGCAUAGGCUCCGUGCUGGAGGUUGUCUACGACCCCGCGACGCAGAACGAGCCCAUGCGCCGCAUGAGCCUGGUGUUCAUAUUCCAGGACCCGCAGACCAUCGUCUACAACGGCCUGAACGAGAACUCCUCCGCCGAAAGCGGGCGUUUGGUGAGUCGCGAGACAUUGAGCACCUUCCGGAGCGACACGGCGUCCGACCAGCCGGUCGAGUUCCCCGUGUACUCCUCCGGCGAGAACGCCGAGCGGCCAAUGUCGCCUACAGGCAGCGGUCGCCGGCUGCCCGUGCGCCUGCCCUCCGUCACCCCCAUUUCUCGCGGUUCCGGCCGGAACGUGGUCAACCGGGUGGAGCGCGCUGAGCGCGGCGAAAGCAGCGACCGUGGCGCCACAUCGGAGGAAGCCUUCAGCGUGAGCUCCGACGAGCAGCGCGACCACGACGACGUGUCUGUGGAGCACUUCCCGUCGCUCGAGAAGUUCACGAACACAGACUGGGACGUCGACUACGACCUCAGGGCCGACGACGAGCUAGAGGUCGGCUCGCUGCCUGAGGAUGUCCUGCGCCUGUGUAAGGACGAGAUCUGGGACGACAUCGUGAACCCGCGUGGCUCCAUGACAUCCGCGAAGUCGGCGAUAAUGUUCGCGGAAUCGGUGCAGCUGUAUCAGGCGAUCCUGACAACCAACAUCCCGCUGCUCAGCGGCGUGAAGGAGGAGGUGGUCGGCCAGCUGUGCAUGUCCUUCGAGACCCUGUGCGGCAAGCUCCAGGAAUCGCGCGAGUUGGGCGACGUCGAGCGUGCUGCGCUGCGUGACUGCUACAGCUGGCUAUGCGUUUUGGGCUGCGACGUCGACUCCGGCGCGUGGAAGAAGAAAGCCUUCACUCGUGACGCCAAGUGUGAGAAGGUCUCCGACUUCAGCCUCCCGUGGCUGCUAGGCUCGUCCUCCACCUUGCGCUCGUGCUGCUCGAAGCUGAGCAGCGACAGCUGUCGCAAGCUGCUGGCAUCGCUGUCGGAAAUUUUGUCCGUGCCGUGCAUAGCGUCCGCUGUGAUGUACGUUCGCAACACGGAUGCGUGCCUGCGUUUCGCGCCAUUUGCGGAGUCGAAAACUAUGUUCCCGACCCAGUCCCUGCUGCUGGCCUUCGGGGCCGCAUGCCUGCUGUGCUGCGUGCUGCUGGCCCGUGUGCUGUGCGAGAAGGGAAUAAGGUAUGGCUGCGGCGACGACGACCUGGAGUUCGAAACGGCGUGUAUCGACCAGUUGGUGUGCUUCAUCAUGGCGUUUGUCGACGCUCCGGGCAUGUCUGAGUCAAGGAUCGGGAAGGACCGCGUGCUGAGCCUGCUGUCCCUUCUGGGCAUUGAAACCUGCGACGUGGAUGAGGUGAGUUCGGUUAGUGCCUCGAGCCGUGAGGGCGACGUGGGCGGUGAUCCGGUUGCUACCAGCGAGGGUGCGUUGGCCCCCUGUGAUUCCUUUGAAUCGAUCUCGCCGGAUCAGUUCUGGAGCCUGGUGUACGACGCGGUGCAUUCGCAGCGCCUUUCGGAGCAUGCCGUCCAGGUUCUGGAUGGGCACAAGGUGCCUGACAUAGCCCCCAACACCAAGAUGUUCGCUACGUGUGACUACAGCUACCACUGCAGCGCCCGCGUGCCGUCCGCCAGUCGGCACACGUUGCGCCGCAGCCUGCGCCCCAACAUUGUGGAGCACAACGUGUUCGACCUGGCUGCAGUGCUGCUGUCGCUGUGCCCGGAGUAUUUCGCGUGCCGUUUGGUGGAGGGUGAGCAGGAGAAGGGCCUCCAGGUCUUCCGCGCCACCGUCAAGCACUUCGUCAGGUGUUACGACUUCAACAGCACCGACUACUGGCAUUGGGGCUACAUGGCGGGCUCAGUGAGCGUGGGCUGCAUGGACCAGUACUCGUUCAGCGUGGACCCUCUGUACGGCUGGCAGCGCCUGUUCUACAUGGAGAAGGACCCCAGCAGGCUGGACGAGAUGCUGGCCGUGUUGUUCACCGAGCUGGUGUACUGCGUCGCGAUGUUGGUUCACGACCAGAGCGCCCACCACGGCCUGGCUCACGUCGUCCACUGGAUCUUGGACGCGUUCCUGCGCCACCCCCUGUGCAGCGGCUCGAUCCGCAAGCGGUUCGUGACCAACUACGUGUGGUCGAUCGUGCACACGUUGUUGGUGAACUGCUCUGCGCUGCCGUGCAAGCUUGCGGUGGUGGCCUCGCGCCUGUCCGCCUGGAUGAUCCCCGUGUCGACUCCCGCCCAGCUCAGCGAAAUAUUCAUGGUCACGCAGUACUGCGGCACGAGCGCCCUUCACCGCGUGACGGGUUUGUGCAACUUUUACAACAUCCUGGACCUCGACACGUUCACCAACAUCGAGCUGAAGCGCCAGGACCACGCUGCCAAGCUCGCCAGCGCCGUGUUGGUGCACCUGUUCGCGUCCACGCUGGCCAUGCUGCUGGAGAAGGGCUGCGACCCCGUCUUCGACCCCGACGACAUUUUGAGCAUUGCGCACUACAUGAUGAUCGGCAAGAACUCCACGACGUACUCCGAGAAGUUCGUCCGUUGCAUUCUGGGCAUUCCGCAGGACCUGGUGCUGCAGGCGUGCAUCCCCCCACACUAUCGGUCAUCGGGGGGCCUGGCCAAGAUGACUCGGACGUUCAUCACCACGUCCAGGUCCAAGAGCAUCUCGCUGACGCUUCGGCUGAAGCGCAUUUGCCGCGUGGUGCUGUGCGCGGACCGCGAGUGCACGCGCAUCAUCUCGGAGACCCUGCUGUACCCCGACGUCUGCCUGCGCGUGCCCAACGGCCAGCCGGUCUACGUGGACUGCGGUGACCCGCUGCCGUUCGACCUCAUGCGGCAGCGCUGCUGCCUCCCGGCGGUGAUCGUGUAUCGCGACGUGAGCGAGCGCUGCAAGGAGGCGGUGUUUCGCAUCGGCUUCACGGCGCGGGGCAUCCGCGAGGUGUGCUCGCCCUCGAGCAAGGUCCACUUCGAGGAUGGCUUCUUGUACCUCGAGGUGGUCGGCGAGUUGGAGAUAUCGCAGGUCGUGGUCAGCGACGAGAUCAUUUGGCACUACGGCCGCACUACCGUUUGCUUGACCCUGCCGAGUUCGGUGGAGCUCCUGCGGCCGUACAUCGCGGUAUCGCAUCCCUCGGACCCGUCCUACCACGAGGACGUGAUGGUGGUGCGCAACACGGCGUCGCUACCCGUGGGGUCGCUGUGCUACUACAUCGCGUCGCAGUCGCCGCCAUCGCUCGAGUCGUUCCCGGGAUACGUGCGUCUGAGCGUCCCCUUCAGGUCAGGGAUUUCGCUGAGCAACGUGGCGCCCCAAGUCGACUGCACGAACGCAGCUCAUCUGGAUGCAUGCGGCGACACGACUGUGGUGGACGUUCCCGGCACCGCCGACUUGGGCGCCAUGUGCACCCACAUGGCUCUGCCUUUCGACGUGUCGGUCAAGGUGCUGUCGUCGCGCCCCGAUUUCUUCGUCGGUCUUGAGUGGCUGGGGUUGCGUUUCCUGUGGUUCGCUAACGGCACCAUUCAGUGCCCAAUGGACCCGCCUCUUUUCAGGUCGGCCUCCAUGCGCACCUCUCGGGUCUCGGUAUCCGGCACCGGCUUCGCCAAGGACGACGUGGUGGGCCUGCGGUUCGCUCCGGAUGAGUGCAAGCUGCUUUUCGUGGUCAACGACAAAAUCGCCAUGGUCCUAGAUUUCCGGAAGUUCUACCAGCCCUACUUGUCGCCGCAUACGCUGAGCGAGUCCUCCGCCGUGGCUGCCAACUUGGGUGGCUCGAGCCUGUCGGUGCUGCAGAACAGCUUGUUCAACGCCAUCCUGUCCGACGACCUUUCGACGGUUCGCGGGCUCGUGUACUUCAUCACGGGCGGCUCCGUUGCGGCCAACGUCCGGAUUUCGCUGUUUGAGACCGCGCUGAGCGACACGCAGCCCCCCGAAGCGCAACGUAAGCCGUACGACCAGUAUAAUGCGGUGUACCUGUGCUGUCUGUUGAACCGUCUGGAGAUUCUGCGGUGCAUUUCGGUCGUGGGCGAUGUCAACUUCGACGGCCGGAGCGGCCCGUCGAACGAAAGCCCGCUCAUGGCUGCCGCGAAGAACGGCUGCACGGCGGUGAUUUCGUAUCUGCUGAGCAUAAUGGGCGCCGAUGUCAACGGCCGCGACCGCUUCGGCAACACCGCGCUGAUCCACGCGCUCGUCGAGAACGACGCGGCGCCUUUUGGCAAACGGUGCAGCAGCGUCCUCGAGACCGUGGACAUGCUGGUCACCUUCGGUGCGGAUGUCCAACUUCGCAACAAUGCGGGGUGCGGCAUCCUCGACCUGUUCCCCUCGGGCAACGACGAUCUGCAGGACAUGUGCAUGUACGUGGUCGAGCGUUACAACCUGAGGCGGUUCUUCGGCCCCAAUUACGGCAAGUUGCACCGGGCGUGGCCGGGCCUGCUGGGUGGCAGCGAGUUCGUCUGCGGCGUGGGCAACGGCGACCAGUUCCACGUCGGCGACGUUGCACUGAACGCAGUGACCAUCGACGGGAGCGACCUGAUGGUCGAGCAGGCCGAGGUCGACAAGUCCUACGACUUCGGAGAGCGGGUGGCGAUAUCCCGGGGCACGAAAAUGGACCAGCUGGAAUCGAUCCUGGAGAAGAUCCGCACGGCUCUGCUGCUGCUGACAACGAAGCUCUCCGAUUCGGAGUCCGCGGAGCCAGUGCACCUGAAAUCCGUGGUGCACUUGAACCACGGAGACAGCCUGGGCAGCGAGAUCUCCACGGUGCUGCGCGGCUUCGUGCAUGAUCUGAAGGCGUACAGCAACUGGUCGAAGAGCCGUGUGCUGCACGGCUUCGUGCGGCUCGCCACCGACUACUGCAACCAGGUAACCGCUUUGCCCAGCGACAGCGCGGUGGUGCUGAGCCUGCUGAACUUCGAGCGGUGCGUGAGCGAGCUGCGCCUGUUCCCUCGCGCUGACACCUCACCGCUGACGACCCUGCAGCUGUACCGCGGCGUGUUCCAGGGCUGCAACGUGUUCCACUGCGACUUUUCGCUGUACUCGCAGGACUACAUGGCGGUUUCGUGUUUGGACCGUUUGUCGCGUUACCUGGACACGUUCCGCAGCCACCGAGCCACCACCCUGGACUUCGACGGCCUGGAGCUGCCCAGUUACUGCCGCGAGCGCAUCGACGUGACCGUCAGGUGCCACGCGUACGCGUUCGACCGCCUCCGAUCCAGCCUGAAUCGGGAUGUGACCACGGAUAUCGACUUCGCCCUCCACUGCGUGUCUGACCUGCUCAACAGCGCUCCCGCCACCAAGCAGAUGAUCGCCGCGAUGGUGAUGCAGUGCCAGUCGCGUCUGGAGCUGCAGAGCCGCCUGCCGCCGCUGGACUCGCCGCUCUGGAACGGCAUCUACACCACGGUGGACCAUCUGCUGGAGUGCCUGAUGAAGCUGAAGGGUAUCCUGCGGAACCGGCUCUCCCGCGAGCACCUGGACGAGGUCGACAUUUUCAUGCUUCUGCAGCACAUGGCCAAGGUGCUGGACGACAGCGUGCUGCGGGACUACAUUCUGAACUCCAACGCGGGCUCGGACACGAGCUCCACCUUGCGCGCCGUGGUGGACAAGCUCCAAAUCGGCGACGUGCGCAGCGCGCCGAACGACAACGGGAUGCGGAUCAUCAGCUACUCGAGCAUGCACAACGAUGUGAUGGCAGGCCGCCGGUCGGAGUUCGGGACCCGUCGUUGCUUCGAGGUGGGAGAUUGCGUGAUAUCCGCGUGCUGUUACAUGCUGGUGAGCGACCGCAUUGCGCUGAUGGACCACGUCAACGAGACCUUCAAGCUGCUGGCGCCCAUUGUCGGCACGGUUCUGAACCAGCCGCUGGUGGAGUACCUCCCGCUGGAGCACCAGCUGCUGCCCACCUACGAGUCGUUUGUGAGCGCGCCGCCAUGCUGGCGCUCGAGCACGCUGGUGUUGCAGAAGAACGUCGCCGCGCAGGGGCGGCAUCCCGCCGCGCGUGACGAAUUCGGGGUCUGCCUGGGCCCGCCCGAUAUCCCCGUGCACUGGAGCACGUACCUGGGCAACCGCUGCCUGAUCCGCCGCUCCGUGAUCAACGACAUGUACAGCAAGAUCUUCUUGUCGCUGCAGAGCCUGAACCGCGAACGCCCGUACUUUUCGAUCCGAGUCGACCGCGGCAUAGCCGCCACUGCGUCCUCCCUGAAACACACCUUGUGGUUCCAGAGCUGCUCGCAGAUCCUCAACUGCAACCCGAACAUCCUGCGCGCCCGCAACAACCAGCGCCCGUUCAUGGUCGUGUUCCGCGGCGAGGGCGCGACCGAUUUCGGCGGCCCUUUCCAGGAGCUGCUGAGCUCGAUAUCGAACGAGGUGAUGUCGCCGCUGACGCUGGAGUCCCGAUUGACCAAGAAGCGCCACUUCGGGUGCGUGCGCUGCGCCAACACGAUCCACUCGCACGGGCUGUUCCAGGACACGGUGAUGCUGAAGUUCAGCUCCCCCAUCCACCCGAUGCUGCGCCUCCUGAAGAGCGAGUGCCCGGAGCCUUUCAAGAUCUCCGUGCACUGCGGCGACCUGGGCGUCAGCUGUUCCACGGGAUGCUGCAGCGUCGCGAACCCGCUUUCGGUGGUCGACGAGCCUUCGGACGAGCUGUCGUUCCGCGAGAACUGCCAGUGCGGCGGCAGCGAGUGCUACGACGAGCACUGCAUGCAGGGCCUGCCCAUGGAGCUGGCGAUGUACGAGUCGCUGGGCCGUCUGUUCGCGAUGUGCGCGUGCAUGAUGAACCCCCUGAACGUCGCUCUCAACCCCAUGAUCUGGAAGAAGCUGCUGGCGGCCAACCUCAGCCUGAAGGACCUGGCGGAGUGCGACAAGCUGUCCAGCGACCUCCUCCACAGGCUGCGCCGCGGCGGCAGGUCAAGCACGCUGCUGAACGACCUGACGUUCAGCCUGGAGUCGAACGACGGGCGCGUCACCGAGCUGUUGCUGGACGGCUCCAACAUCAGCGUGACCGAGGAGAACGUCGACCUGUUCGUCCGCCUGGCCACCCACUUCCGCCUGACCCAGUGCGACGUUUCGUGCACGUGGCUGGCGCGCGGGUUCAACGCGGUGCUGCCCAUCGGCCGCUUCCGCAUGCUGCUGGACCACAAGCUGCUGGAGUUCAUGGUCUGCGGCGACCCGCGCAUCGACCUGGAGGUGCUGCGCGCCCACACCGUGUCCUCCUCGUCACAGCUGAAGCGCGACCUGUUCGACGUGCUGGCGAACUUCGACAACGCCAAGAUGCAGCUGUUCCUCCGCUUCGUCAGCGGCAGGUCGCGACUGCCCCCGGCGCAGUCCGAGUGGAGCCUCUACGUGGAGUACGAGCAACUAAAGGUACGUGGCAAAACUGUGCGAUACACAUUAACGCAGGAGGACGUUGACAACUGCGACAACCGGCUGCCCACGGCGGCGACCUGCAGCUUCCGGCUGCUCAUGCCCAAGUACUCGAGCAAAGAGAUCAUGCUCCAGCGGCUGUCGUACGCCAUCCACCACUGCAUGGCGAUCGACCUGGACGCAUACCAGGUGCACGACGAGAUGCACCUCAACUCCCCAUAA